GUGCACGUUCACGAGUGACGAGUCGAGUUGAGCGCGCUACGUGCUGCGUUCCCGUGGAUAUAACUUAACCAAAUACGCCUUUCUCCGCAUUAAUAUUACCUUCUAAUAACACGGUGCUUUUAAAAUUAAGCUCGGAAAAAGUAAUCUGAAACAACGGAUAAUUUUCUGUGAAAGCGGGGUGAACCUCUUGGUGGCGCAGUUUGACCCUUGCAGAAUGGCCGCCGAGGUGAACGGCAGCCCCAUGACAGCCAAGGAGGAGGAGGAGCCUAUGGACAUCAGCGCGACACACGCAGACAACUGUCAGAAGCUCAUCGACGCUGGCCUUGCCCAGAAAGUGGCGGAGAAGCUGAAUGACAUCUUCCUGACGGGACUGGUGGCGUACGCAGACCUAGAUGAGAGAGCCCUUGAUGCCCUAAGGGAGUUCAACGAGGAUGGAGCGCUCGCGGUUCUGCAGCAGUUCAAGGAAAGUGACUUAUCCCAUGUGCAGAACAAAAGUGCCUUUCUGUGUGGUGUCAUGAAGACGUACAGACAGAGGGAGAAGCAGGGAAGCAAGGUGCAGGAGUCCACGAAGGGGCCAGACGAAUCGAAGAUAAAGGCCCUCUUGGAGAAGACGGGGUACACGCUGGAUGUCACCACUGGACAGAGGAAAUACGGCGGACCUCCACCUGCUAAGGCGUUUCAAGGAUCUCAGCCUGGAAUUGGGACUGAGGUUUUCGUGGGGAAGAUUCCUCGGGAUCUGUACGAGGACGAGCUGGUUCCCCUCUUCGAGAAAGCGGGUCCCAUCUGGGACCUGCGUCUGAUGAUGGACCCGCUGACGGGCCAGAACCGCGGAUACGCCUUCAUCACCUUCUGCAGCAAGGACGACGCGCAGGAAGCUGUCAGACUGUGUGACAACUAUGAAAUCCGCCCUGGCAAGUACCUGGGCGUGUGCAUCUCCGUAGCAAACAACCGCCUCUUCGUUGGAUCUAUUCCGAAAAACAAAACAAAAGAGAGCAUUUUGGAGGACUUCAGCAAAGUGACAGAGGGUCUGACGGAGGUGAUCCUCUACCACCAGCCGGACGACAAGAAGAAAAACCGCGGCUUCUGCUUCCUGGAGUAUGAGGACCACAAGGCGGCCGCGCAGGCCCGCCGCCGACUGAUGAGCGGCAAAGUAAAGGUGUGGGGCAACCCAGUCACUGUGGAGUGGGCCGACCCAGUGGAGGAGCCCGACCCGGAGGUCAUGGCCAAGGUGAAGGUGCUGUUCGUGAGGAAGCUGGCCACAUCUGUCACGGAAGAGCUCUUGGAGAAGACCUUCUCGGAGUUCGGGAACGUGGAGCGGGUGAAGAAGCUGAAGGACUACGCCUUCGUCCACUUUGAGGACCGAGAGGCGGCCAUGAAGGCGAUGGCGGAAAUGAACGGGAAGCCGCUGGAGGGAGAGGAGAUAGAAAUCGUCUUGGCGAAGCCCCCAGACAAGAAGAGGAAGGAACGGCAGGCAGUCCGACCACCUGGCAGAAACACGGGGUACGACGAUUAUUAUUACUACCCACCCCCUCGCAUGCCCCCCCCAAUGAGAGGCAGGGGGCGCGGGGGCAGGGGUAGCUACCCGUACCCCCUAGACUACUUUACCAGUGAAGAUUACUAUGACGACUAUCACGCUUAUGACUAUCAUGAUUACCGAGGUGGCUAUGAAGACCCUUACUACGCCUACGACGACGGCUACCCCUUGAGAGGGAGGGGCAGUCGGGGUGGGAGGGGCGGCCUUCUUCCAGCCAGGUCACGGGGGGCCCCGCCCCCACGGGGGAGGGGGGCCUACAUCCAAAGAGGAGUGCCCCGGGGGGGGCGGGGCAGCCGGGGAGCCCCCUUCCAGCAGCAGAGGGGCCGAGGAGCCAGGGGUCCGCGGGGAAACAGAGGGGGCAACGUGGGCGGGAAGAGGAAGGCCGACGUGUUCAACCAGCCGGACUCCAAGCGGCGACAGACCAACAGCCAGCAGAACUGGGGGUCCCAGCCCAUCGCCCAGCAGCCCCUGCAGCAGGGUGCCGACUAUUCCGGUAACUAUGGUUACAGUAAUGACAACCUGGAGUUUUCUCACGAUUCAUAUGGCCAGCAGUGGAAGUAGGUGCAAGUUAAGUUUAUGUGGCAGACAAAUCAAGGAGAUGGCCAGCACCUUCCGAUUUGGCUUUCGGUUUUCAUCCCCCACACACAAACGAAUGCUAAGACCUCACAAAAGAGUCCUCGCCGGAGUUUGGCCGUUCGAUUGGCCGGAGGUAUGAAUUGGGCUGAAGAUGAUUGUCAAACUCUUCCCAACCGUUUUCUUACUCUGGACACCCCUGACUAAACACAACCACUUUUUAUGUUUGUUUUUCUUUUUUUUUUUUUUGUGUUCAUGUUUUUUUUUUUUAAAAAGCCAGCAUUUAAUGUUUUAAAGGUGGACAUUCCUUUUCAAAGGUUUGUGAAGAUGUUAAAAAUCAUGAAUGUCCUGUUGGAUCCCUUGCUUAAUCCCCCCCUUCCCCCCCCCCCCCCCCCAUUGUGGGCUUAUUUCCUUCCAUACUCCUAAUAUUGAGCGGUGGAGGAAUAUGCUUGUGUAUAUAGGUUUGAAUUUAGGCAUUUAUUUUCAGUGCUUUCACAGUUUGCUUUAAUAAUCCAAGGGGAAAAAAGCAUAAAUUGGGGGGGAAAUAUUUGUAUUUCAGUUGCUAUAAAUUGCUUAGUGGUAGAUUUAGAAGUGUUUUGGGUUUUAGAACUGUUCGUAUAACUUCAUAAAAAUCUGAUCUUUAAAAAUUUUUUUGGAAUUUGGUUUGAAACACGUAAAGGGCCGUGACAGAGUGUUCUUUCAUGUUUGUAACUUCUGAUUGUUACAUUUCAAUAAAACUCAACCAAAAAUUUAGUUACCAGAUA